AUGGAGGUUUCGGGCCCGAAAGCUCACAAGGAUCGCCUAACUUUGAUAAUGUGUGGAAACGCCGAAGGUUUCCUGCUCAAACCCGCACUCAUCUACAAAUCGAGAAACCCGAGGGCGCUGAAGAACAAAGAUAAGAAUUCGCUUCCGGUUCAUUGGAUGCAUAAUCAAAAGAGUUGGAUAACGAAGCAGUUAUCGUCGGAUUGGUUCCAUGAAUGCUUCAUCCCUCAAGUCAAAUCAUACCUUGCUGGAAAGCCUUUGGAGUUCAAAGUCCUUCUCCUGAUGGACAACGCGGGAGGUCAUGCUCAAGACCUGGAGUAUGCUGGGGUUAGAGUCGAGUUUCUCCCUCCAAACACCACUUCACUAAUUCAACCAAUGGAUCAAGGCGUUAUCCGCGCCUUCAAAGCAUUGUAUACCCGCAGCGUCCUCCAGCAUCUCGUGAGGGGCAUGGAUGUCGAAGAAUGUUUCUCCAUGAAAGAAUACUGGCGAAGUUUCACCAUCGCAGUUUGUUUAGAGAUGAUCCAGGGAGCUUUGAGCGGAAUGAAAGCCGAGACUGUGAAGGCAAGCUGGAAAAAGCUGUGGCCUGAUCUUGUGGAAGUUGACUCAACUAAUGCUCCACAGACUGUUUGUGAGUCAGUCAUUGAUGAGAGCGUGCAGCUAGCUCAAAGACUCGGGGGACCUGGAUUCUCUAACAUGAGUUCUGGCGAUCUUGAUGAGUUUCUGGAGACGCAGAAGUGUUUCCUAUCUGAUGAAGACAUACUCGAAGUAUCUGAACAUCUUGGUGUAGAUGAAGACAGAGAGGGAGAAGCGGAUCGAGUUUCUACUGAACAAGUUGUGGACGAAGGGCUCACGUCGGAGCGUCUUUCACAACUUUUAAGGAGCACAGAAGAGUUGAAGCAGAUGAUUGACCGCUGGGAUCCCGAGAUGUCACGCGGUCUCAGAGGGCGAAAUGCUCUUGAUUCUGCCGUAGAACCUUAUCGACUUCUUCCGGCAGAAGUGAAGCGACAGUACAGCCAACUCCCUAUCACGAUGUUUUUAAGCCAGCACAGCAAAGAUCCCACGUCCUCCAGCCGUCCUCACUUGUCGGGAAUAAUAGAGUUGGACUGA